AGCGCCUGCAUGGAAAAACAGGAAAGUGUAGUAAAAUUGGGAUCACAGACAAAAUGCAUUUGUAUACAGCCAGGUUUGAACUUGAGAACAACUCUAAGCAGAUCCACAGCAAUGCAAGCACAUAAACCUUCACCAGCACCUGGAUUUUCAAGUGCUAACUAUGUGCCAGGAUAUCAAGUCCCCUAUGGCCACCCUCAGCACGCACCUGGGACUUACCAAGGCGUCACAGGUGCAGGGAGCUAUGGCUUCCAGGUACAGGACGUAAGAAUCCCAGAGGGAUUUGCUUUUCCACCCACCCAGAACCAGCCUAUCGUGAGUGAGAGGACAAUCUGGAUGCCUGUCCCUCCUCCUCUUCCCAACUGCCCUCCUGGACUGGAAUACCUCACACAGAUUGACCAGAUAUUAAUUCAUCAGCAAAUUGAACUUCUUGAGAUUUUGUCUGGCUUUGAAACAAACAACAAAUAUGAAAUCAAGAAUACGCUGGGGCAAAGGGUAUACUUUGCAGCAGAGGACACUGACUGCUGUACCAGGAACUGCUGUGGGCCAUCACGACCCUUCACCCUCCGGAUUAUAGACAACCUGGGCCACGAGGUGAUAACGCUGCAAAGACCCCUCCGGUGUUCUUCGUGCUGCUUUCCCUGCUGCUUACAGGAGCUGGAAGUUCAGGCGCCUCCAGGAACACCAGUUGGUUACGUUGUCCAGAACUGGCAUGCCUGCCUGCCGAAGUUUACCAUUCAAGAUGCGAAAAGAAUGGAUAUACUGAAAAUUACUGGCCCAUGUGUUGUCUGCAGCUGUUGUGAGGACGUCAAUUUUGAGGUGAAGUCUGUGGAUGAGACUGCUACUGUUGGGAGGAUUUCUAAGCAGUGGACUGGGUUUGUGAAAGAAGCCUUUACAGAUGCUGAUAACUUUGGAAUCACAUUCCCAAUGGACCUUGAUGUAAAAAUGAAAGCUGUCAUGAUUGGUGCUUGCUUCCUUAUUGACUUCAUGUUUUUUGAGCAUGCUGGUGAUAAGCAACAGCGAACAGGAGUUUGGCAAUGAAAUCCAGAACUUCUAUACAGAGGGAAGAAGAACAUAAAUCUCUCAACUUCCCAGUUGAUUGAAGAGCUCCAUUAAGAAUGUGAGAAAUGUAUAUCUUGUGCUUGUAGUUAUACUUCUAUAAACUCAAAAUUUAUGGUUUUUUUUUUGUUUUUUUUUUCCCUGGUUGUUUUUUUGGGUUUUUUUUGGUUUUUUUGUUUUUUUGGUUUUUUAAAUCUGAUGAAAUAACUUUUUGUGUAAUCUGGUUAAAUAAUGUGUAGUAUUCAAGUAAGAACCCUUUGUCUGUCCAUAUCAAUACUGUAAUUUAUAGAAAUUUUUAGCAGCCUUCUCUUUCCAAGAAAUUUGGAAUUGUAAAAUAACUACUCAUAUAGUUACUUUAAUUCCUAAAAAAGAGAGCUACUAUUAUAUUCAAUAUUAAUAUAAGCAGUGAGCGUAAUAAAGAGUCCUGAUCUUUUCCCAUGUA